AUGCCUGGGCUCCUGAACCGUAUCACUGGGGCCCCACUGCCAUUAACAGCAGCCGAAAUUAGCGCCUGUGUAAGUGGAUAUGCCUUGGGGAUGACUGCGUCACUUACGUAUAGUAACCCAGACACUCAAGCCAUCGAAGCUCUGUUUGUGUAUCCACUGAAUGAGCAUACUGUGGUGGUCGGCUUUGAGGCUGUGAUUUGCCGGCGCAUUGUCACCGUCCAGAUAAAGGACAAAGCCAAAAUGGACGAGUCUUACUACGAUUACUGCAGCAUGGCCAGUGGAAGAUUCCCUGAAGGUAAUGGGAGGAUUCUGCUUGAUGAGGACUUGGAGAGAAUUAUCUUUGUGGCCAAUCUUGGAGUAGUCCCUGCUCAGGAGAGUGUCUCUGUACUGAUCAGUACAUCUUCGGAGCUGCCUACCCUCUCCAGUGGCGCUGUCCGUGUGCUUCUCCCGCCAGUGUGCGUCCCAAGAGUGUCCCACGGCACCUCUGAAAACAGCCUCACGUCUGUGUCGCCCCUGAGACUGAGGGAGACUGGGCUCUCUGGGGGUAGCAAGAAGCUUUGCCUCGCUACUUUGUUAGAAACAGAAGCUGUGAACGCCAUUGAAUAUGAACUCACAUUCCACCUGGAGAUCCGAGCUCCAUAUCUCUUAGCAGGUGUAGAAAGUCCCACCCAUGAGAUUCGCGCUGAUGCUGAUCCAUCGGCCCCUUCAGCCAAGAGCAUUAUGAUAACAUUAGCCAACAAGCACACGUAUGAUCGUCCAGUGGAAAUCCUCAUCCACCCCAGUGAGCCACAUCUCCCGCACAUCUUGAUGGAAGAAGGGGACAUGACUCCAUACGAGUAUGAGCAAUUUCUGAAGGGGAAAAGUGAUUUCAUCAGAGCAACUAAAAAAGACCCCAGUGCAGAGAAAAAGACAGAAAUAAUACGCAAGCGACUCAUCAAGGACAUCUGUCAUAAUCCCGUCGUGAUGUUGAACUUCUGCCCUGAUCUUCAGUCCACCCAAACUGACCUCAGCAAGACGCAGGGGGAGUUCAUCUUCCUUCUGGAUCGGAGCGGCAGCAUGAGUGGGGUUAACAUCACCAGAGUUAGGGAUGCUAUGCUGGUGAUAUUGAAGAGCCUCAUGCCAACAUCUCUAUUCAAUAUUAUUGGAUUUGGUUCAGCUUUCAAGACUCUGUUCCCCAGCAGUCAGAGCUACAAUGAGGAAAGUUUGGCAAUCGCCUGUGAAAGCAUCAAGAAACUUCGGGCAGACAUGGGUGGAACAAACAUCUUAUCUCCUUUAAAUUGGAUCAUUAGGCAGCCUGUAUGUCGGGGUUAUCCGCGGCUGCUGUUCCUACUUACUGAUGGCGCUGUUAGCAACACUGGCAAAGUGAUAGAGCUCAUUCGGCACCACUCAUCCUUCACAAGGUGUUACAGCUUUGGGAUUGGCCAGAAUGCAUGCCGGCGGCUUGUACAAGGAGUGGCUUGUGUAUCCAAAGGGAGUGCUGAGUUCUUAAUAGAGGGAGAGAGACUUCAGACUAAGAUGUUGCAGUCUCUAAAGAAGUCAAUGGCACCUGUCCUGACCGACGUUACUGUGGAGUGGGUCUUCCCUGAAAGCUCUGAAGUUCUCAUCUCACCCGUCAGCUCCAGCUUUCUAUUUCCAGGAGACCGUCUGGUGGGAUAUGGUGUAGUGUGUAACACAUCUCGAUACCUCUCCAACCCUCGCACUGACAAGAGGCGGCGGUACAGUAUGAUGCGUUCACAGGAAUCUGGGAGCUCCGUAUUCUUUCAGUCACAAGAAGACUCAUCAGGAAGUGGAGGUUCCAAGGGCCAGCUGGACACAAGUCUACCUUCUGAUCAGAGCUCAGAAAUCGUAAAUGUGCCAGAAGAACUACCCAGAGAACCUGCUGCUGAUCCUGGCUCUCAGCGCCGAGCGUAUAGCACCAGCCAAAUUGCUGACCAUGAUAUGUCCCAGAAAGUCCACACGGCUAGUGAUCCCAGCUCAGUAACAGAGAAAAAUCCAUUGUGCCGAGUUCAGAUAGAGGAGCUUAAAUAUCCAGAUAGCCCAGAUAGCCCAGAUGCGGCCAACACUGACCCCCAGUCAUUUUUAUCUGUCAACCCAUUUGUCACUACAACAAAAAUUAGAGGCGCAGGAGCCAGGCGUCCAUCGCUACUCCAGCAGAGUUGCCUCUCCUUCUGCCUGGAUGGGGACUCCCCACUGAUAAAUGAGGCGCAGCCAUCUGCUAACACAGGAAGAUCUACCAACCUGCAGGAGAAUUCCCUUUCUCUGAAAUCCUCCUCUGACAGUCAACCCUUCAGCAGCCCUGGGGACCUGGACUGUCAUCAUCCUUGUUUCAGCUUUGAGACAGAAGCAGCAUCAGAAAUUUUUUCUAAGGAACAAAGUUCCAAGGUCCCUGCUCCUCAAUUACAGUCCAUGUGUAAGGCUGUUGUACGCGGGUUGAAGAGUAACCAGCCUGUGCAGUGGGAAAUCACCUUUGAUAUUCAGAAGCUUUUCAGAGAGCGUGAGAGCCGGGAGGAUGAUGAAGGAGAUUUGUGGAAUGAGACGUUCCAUCACUUGGCUGCAAAAUCCAUCAUAAGAGAUUUUGAGCAGCUGGCAGAAAGAGAAUGUGAAAUUGAACACGGUUUGGGGCGCAGAUUCCAGUUGAACGCUAUACAUGCGAGCAAAGCAUGUAAUGUUAUCAGCAAAUACACCGCAUUUGUUCCUGUAGACCUAAGCAGCAAUUCUUACUUGCCCAGCAUUGUAGAAUAUGCGAACACAGGUGCUGCUCUCAAGCAGGGCUCACAACGGAGUUUAAGUUCAGGAAGCCGACGUCUACGAGGGUUUUCCAUUGGCCUUGGACGUUCUCAGUCAACUUGUGCAUCGGAGUCAUCAGAUGAACGAUUUUACAAUGUUGAUGAAAAUGCAGUAUCUCCUUGUACUACUCCUGUCUCUUCUGGAUGGGAAAGGUGCAGUUUUCCCCAAGCUCCUCAGCGUAGUCCCUCUGUCUCUUCUUCACACUCUCAGAGGUCCAUAGAAAGUCUUUUUGCUGCCAGGUUGAGCUUAAACAAAACACGACUUUUAACUAGAGCUGCAAAAGGAUUUAUGAUUAAGUCUCCAGGGAAAGGCAGUGAAGAAAGUGACAACGAGAAGAAUAUAGACUAUCUGCCAGUGGUGUCGCUGCAGUUGGCCUGUGGUGGGUACUUGCUAAAUCAAGCCUUUGCAGAUGCCACCAACAUUCCACUGGAAAAACUGAAGUGGACUUCCCCAUUUAGCAGCCACCGUGCCGCUCUAAGCCCAAUGUCUCAUAGCUCUUCACCUUCUAAGAAGGAGACCAGCCUAUCUGCCAACACUGGGCUGCUACUGGCGCCAGAUGCUGACUCUCAUAGUACAUUAAAUGGCUUUGGUGAAGACGUCUGCCACCAAACGCGAACCCGACACCUAUCAACAAGUGUAAUGGAAAGUCCAACACUGUCUUCCAGGACAGAGAAUGAACUGUCCCUCCCUGUCUUACCUCUUCGUCGUUUCUCUUCUCCAGAGAAUGUUCAGGACUCUUCCUCCUCUAAUACAGAUAGUGGGUUGGGAUCAGAGUCAGAUAGCAUUGAGGUUCAGUCUUGGAUAGAAAGCAUAGAGGAACAGCGCAGAUCACAACCAGAAAGUAUGGUGUGGGCCACAGCAGUGGCUCUGGCAUGGAUGGAGAAUAAUUCAGCUGCUUAUUUCAUUGAAUGGGAGCUUUUAGCAUCCAAAGCAGAUAGGUGGUUGGGUAAUCAGAAGAUUCCAGAGGGCCGCAGCCUGGCUGCAGUGAAGUCGGCUGCUCAGCAGCUCUUUGUGUUGCUUCGACACUGGGAUGAGAACCUGCAGUUCAAUGUCUUGUGCUAUAAUCCCAACAGCAUGUAG